AUGAGUCUCAAGGAGAUUGCUCGUUCUGCUAGUCAGUCAAUUAAGUCUGCUACUGCAGAUUCAGAUGGUCAAGCCACUCUGGACGUCAUUGAGAAAUAUCUCGAUGAGCAGACCAGCUCUGACACUGAUAAUUCCACGCAAAAUUCUGGCGAUAAUGCCAUUGACAAACUAUCGACUGAACUCAUCGCCUUGUUCGGCCAGACCGGCAUUCCACUCAAGGACGCUGCAGCCGUGUCAAGUAGCCCUGAAGCAGUUCUCACUCACAAUCAACAUUUCCUAAUCUUAUGUUUCGUACAUCACUUGCUACCAAUUCUCAAAUCUCCUCGCAUCUUUCAGGAUUGGUGGGAACCCGUUCUCAAACCAAUCCUGACCACAGCACCUUACACAGACCAAAUAAAAAAAGAGGCACGCGAAAUCGUAUCAGAUUGUCUUAUUGCAGAGCAGAAACAAUGUCGAAAGAAUCCUGCAGCCGAGCCAAAAUAUUGUCGUUUUAUUGUCGAUCAGUACCUGGCAUGGGCAGAAAGCUAUCACCAACGUGAAGAGAUUAAUCUUGAAGAACUCGAAAAUAGCACUGGAAAAGACGAAACCGAUCGAAUGAAGAUGCAGCACCAAGCAUUACUAGAUCUCGAACAAGACGAAUGGUCAAAGAAUCUAAAAAUUAUUCUGUUAACGUUGGGUGCUGACCAGCCAAAGCCGUUUUUUAUGCUGCUGAACGAGUACUUUCUUUCAAGUAAGCAUCGACUUCAAGUUGUAUAUUUGCUUAGUGAAUUUAUGAUACGCAAGCGUACCCAUUUGCAUGAAAUAUUGGAAACGGCUCUUUUUAAUUCAAUGUUACAAUCAUUGAUGUAUGACAACUCAACAACUCUGAUCGCUAUCUCAGUAACCAACAUGAUUAUGCUUCUUCCUCGAAUCUGUACUUCUUUACCUCCUUUUCUUCCGAAGCUUUUUUACAUUUUUGCCAGAGCUCUUUGCUGGGAUCAAUUACGAGAUAUGCGCAAGAACAAGUCACCUAAGGGAUAUACUCCAGAAGAUAAGGGGAACUCUCAACAAGAGCACGAUAAUUGGGAUUGUGUCGAUUAUACAUUUUCAAAAUUAUCUGCGCCGCCUUCAAACCCUCAAACUGGACCUUUUUUCACUUCCUUGUAUGGUUUAUACCCAUGCAAUUUUCUUCGUUUUCUUCACAAACCGUAUGGAUACUUUAAAACAAAUGGUUUUAACCUACCAGAAGAAUUUGACGAGGAAACUUUCCGAACACGGACCAUGUUACAAGUAACACGGCACAUGUUGCAUCCUAAUCUGGUCUCAAUGGAUCCUGAGACAGAACUAACAGAUCGAUCACGUUGGAUGAAAAUGGAACCUCCAGAUGUGAUUGCACAGAUUAUGAGUCUUGAUUUGACUAAUGCUGCUUCGCGCGUAGCAUUUAGCGCUGGAAAUGAGCGAGAACAUUAUCAGCCACAGGAUCUUUUGGAUGAGACCCUAUGGGUCCAAACAGGCAAUAUUACUCGUUUGGACAAAGAUGUGCUUGCUCCGGAGAAGAGCAUAUUAAAAGAGAAAGAUAACGAAGAAGACAAUGAAGGAACAAAGGGACAUGAGGAUGAAAACAAUGAGACAUGUGUUGAGACUCUAGAAGAAACCUGCGAGGAUGUUUCAAAAGAGGCGAAUGCAGAAAAUGAAGUUAUCGACGAAAACAACCAGUUUAAACCAUCGAUCUCAGAGUGUGAAGCGAAUGAAGUAACCAAACCAACCCAAAGUACAAGUACAAGUACAAAAUCAAAAUCGAAGCCGAAGCCGAAGCCGAAGCCAAUGAUCUCUAACAUUAUUCAGGUGCACCGGGCCUUGAAAAGUGGUGUUGAAGUACUUGUUGGUGAUGAUAUCUGGGACGCUGGCCUUGAACGAUUGUCUUCGCCGCCACCUUCAGGUGUCAACACACCUCAACUAGAAGACCACGGCGUAGCUUCACACACACAAAAUUCUGAAGUUCCAAAGGACAAUUGCCCGAACCUUCCUGAAACAAGACACUUAGUUGCUGCUCUGAAGCGUGAGGUGCUUUUAUUGAGAAACGAACUCAAUUUUGAGCUUUUUCUCAAGCAACAACAUCUUCAACACAUUGGAAGAUUGCAUCGUGAGCAUGUAUUAGACAGUUCAGUUGAAGCGGAAAGACAACAACUGUACAACACGACACGCAUGUUGAAAGCGCAAUUAAAGCAAACCACAGAUACUUUAGAAAAACUGAAAUUGGAAUCUGCAAUGACAAAACAAAAGCAUAUUAAAUGGGAAGACGAGCAAUCUAGUAAAUUGCGAGGGUACCGUGAGAUGCGCAAAGAUUGGAAGCACCAAGCAGAUGCUGCACAAUUACAGCUGGCUGAAUACGAAAGACUGUUAGCAGAGCAAAAAACACAGCUUGAAGAAGCUCGACAAAAGGCGUUCAAUUUGGAAAAUGAGCUUUCCACUAUUCAACCAGAGCUGGAAAGAAUGUCAGAAUAUGAGCAUCGUGUAGAGCAACUAACGCAGCAAAUGCUACUUUGGGAGGAAGACACGGCUGAUCUUGAAAAACAAAAACAAUACAUUGAUCAUUUGCUAUCUCAAUCAUGGAGCAUGGAAGAGCUAGUAACUAGUCUUCAAACGGAAAACCGUGCAUUGGAAGACAAGAAAAGCCAAUGGGAGGAUGAAAUAAACAGUCUUGGACAGAAAAUCAAAGAGUAUCAGAUGAAAUUAAAGACAAACGUCUCUAUAGAUGACAAGUCUGAGAAGCUAUCUCAUAAAAGAGAAAUUGACGAGCUCUACACGGCUAUGAGAGCUCUUCAAGAGAGAGUACAAACAUUAGAGAUGGAGCGUAUGGAAUGGGAAGCUCAAAAGGAGGUCUUGAAUCACACUGAUAAAUCAGAACACAAAGUGGAUCCGGCAUCUGAAACAGAAGAUCCUCAAUCUCCUGUACUCAUAGAGCCGACAUCAACAUUAACUCAUGAAAUGAUAGAUAUAACCCCCAUAUCUGAUUCUGACGACGAGUAA